AUGGCGUCGCUGUACGUCGGUGAUCUAGCUGGGAGCGUGGACGAGUCGGUGCUUAUCGGAGUCUUCAGCCAGGUCGCUCCCGUCGCGACCGUGCGCGUCUGCCGGGACACCGUUAGCGGCGUCUCGCUCGGAUACGGCUACGUCAAUUUCCACUCGCGCCAGGACGCUGUCCGUGCUCUAGAAGCUUUGAAUUUUGCUCCCUUGAAUGGAAAGAACAUCAGACUUAUGUUCUCAAACAGAGAUCCAAGCUUGCGGAAGAGUGGACGUGCUAAUGUUUUUGUUAAAAAUCUUGAAGCUAGCAUUGACAGCAAGAGUUUGUAUGACAUGUUUUCAUCUUUUGGCACCAUCCUAUCAUGCAAAGUUGCCACUGAUCCAUCCACUGGUCAGUCGAAAGGAUAUGGUUUUGUACAGUACGAGAGUGAGGAAUCCGCUCAAGAUGCGAUCAAUCGGCUUAAUGGGAUGCUUGCAGACGAUAAAAAAAUCUUUGUGGGCCUACACAUGCGCCGCCAGAAUAGAGAAGUCAAGUUCACUAAUGUGUAUAUAAAGAACUUGCCAUCUGAGUUCACUGAUGAUGAUUUGCGCCAGGAGUUUGCACCAUUUGGUGAAAUUACUAGUGCUGUAGUCAUGAGACAUUCUGAUGGUGCCUCUAAAUGUUUUGGUUUUGUAAAUUUUGAGAAACCAGAAUAUGCUGCCAAAGCAGUUCAAAAGCUCAAUGGAAAAUCUAUGGACGAUAAGGUCUUAUAUGUUGGAAGGGCUCAGAAGAAAGCAGAAAGACAGGCUGAGUUACGAGCGAAAUUUCAGCAAGGGAGCUAUGGUAAAGUUGAGAAACCUCAAGGGAUUAAUUUGUACUUGAAAAAUAUUGAUGAUAGUAUCAGUAAUGAGGAGCUGAAGAAGUUGUUUGAAGAAUUUGGCGAGAUAACAUCAUGCACGGUCAUGGUUGAUUCUAAAGGACGGAGCAAGGGUUCAGGCUUUGUGUCGUUUACUGCUGCUGAAGCUGGCUAUAGUGCUAUUAAUGGAAUGAAUGGUAAGAUGGUUGCAAAUAAACCACUAUAUGUUGGUUUGCAUCAACCUAAGGACCAAAGAAGAGCAAUGCUAACGGCACAUUUUGCUCAACGUAGCCUAGCCAUGGCAGCUGCUCCCUACGCUGCGCCCCAGCAGGUUUACGUUGGUCACCCUGCACCUGGGCAAAUCCCACAGCAGGCUCCUGUCUUUGGAUUUCCGCAACACUUCCCAGGGAUGGGGCCUGGCGCUCCAGUUAUGAUGCCACACAGCAUGCAGAGGCCACUGCAUCCUGGCCAGAGGAUGGGUGCUCGUCAUGGAGCAAUGUCGCCCCAGAUGUAUCGGCAGCACCAGAUGAUGAUCCACCCGAACGCCAACCAGGGCGUCAGGUACAUGCCGAAUGCCAGGAACGGGGCUUACCCUGCAACGCUGCCUCAGGGCUUCCCAGGUGCGGCGCCCUCUCUGAAACAGGAUGGCAGCAGCCUUACUAACGCUCUAGCUUCCGCUAGCCCGGAAGACCAACAGCAGAUGCUGGGCAACAAGCUGUACCCACUGGUGGAGCAGCUCGAUCCUGUCCAAGCCGCCAAGGUGACAGGGAUGCUGCUCGAGAUGGACAAGUUGGAGAUCCUGCACCUCCUGGAGUCUCCGGAGGCUCUCCGGGCCAAAGUCAGUGAAGCCAUGCUGGUUCUGCAGCGAUCCCAGGCCGGAGCCUCUGCCGACCCUACGCCCGCGGCUAACGCGCCAAGUCCGGACGCCUGA